CGCCGAUGACAUAUCCUUUAUUCUGCCAUGGUGGCGACAAGUGCUCUGGAAUAUACUCUUUGUUGGGAUGGUUAUUGUCGCAACUGGCGGUAAUUUAAUUGUGGUUUGGAUUGUGUUAACAACAAAGCGAAUGCGUACUGUAACGAAUUAUUUUAUAGUAAAUCUUUCCAUUGCUGAUGCCAUGGUAUCCAGUUUAAAUGUAACUUUCAAUUACAUUUACAUGUUGGACAACGACUGGCCAUUCGGAGAACUUUACUGUAAAAUUUCACAGUUCAUAGCAACAUUAAGUAUAAGUGCAUCAGUGUUUACGUUAAUGGCGAUCUCAAUUGACAGAUAUAUUGCAAUCAUGAAACCAUUGCAACCACGUAUGAGCAAGCGUUGCAAUUUAGCUAUUGCUGCAGUUAUAUGGAUUGUUUCUGCGAUAAUAUCCUGUCCAAUGUUGCUGUUUUUCACUACAGGCGAAACAACUUCACAAGAUGGUAUACGCACAGUUUGUUAUACUGAAUGGCCUGAUGGCCCAACAAAUCACUCCGAACUGGAGUACAUCUAUAAUAUACUAUUCAUGAUAUUGACAUACUUUUUGCCGAUCAUAUCAAUGACUGUCACCUACUCACGUGUGGGCAUUGAACUUUGGGGCUCGAAAGCUAUUGGUGAAUAUACCCCACGACAAGUCGAAAAUGUGAAGGGGAAACGUAGGGUUGUGAAAAUGAUGAUGGUUGUGGUAUUGAUAUUCGCUGUUUGUUGGCUACCGUUUCAUGCUUAUUUCAUUGUAACAUCCUGCUAUCCAGGAAUUACUAAAGCACCUUAUAUACAAGAAUUGUACUUAGCUAUAUACUGGUUAGCCAUGAGUAAUUCUAUGUACAAUCCUAUUAUUUACUGUUGGAUGAAUUCAAGGUGA